GAUCAAUGUGUAGAUAUAGCAUGUGAAAACACCGCAAGUAUAAUGGCGACACCCACUAAUGGUAAUGGUAACCUUAUAGACGAAUUCGAGGAAGCAUUUCAGCAAUGUCUGAGUAUAUUAACAACAAAGGACGAGGGGUUAGGAAGCAAUGGGAUUGGAGUGUCUGGUGGUUUGACUGUGGAUAAGGAGGAAGCUCGUAGCGAAGUUGAACAAGUCACAUUAAGGUUUAUAGACUUGGCAAGACAAAUGGAGGCCUUCUUUUUGCAAAAAAGAUUUCUAUUAUCUGCAUUAAAGCCAGAGCUAGUAGUGAAGGAAGAUAUUAAUGAUCUUAGAGUAGAGUUAGCACGUAAAGAAGAUCUUAUAAAAAGACACUACGAUAAGAUUGCAGUAUGGCAAAAUCUGUUAGCAGAUCUGCAAGGUUGGGCAAAGUCGCCAGCCCAAGGUCCAGCACCUAAUGGUUUGCCAAAUGGUACUCAAAGUGGACAAAGUCAACAGACCACAAAUGGAGGAGGAAAUGCAACAAUGCAACAGCAGCAACAGAUACUACAUCAACAACAACUCCAGCAGCAACAACAGUUGCAACAUCAAAUGCAACAUCAAAUGCAGCAACAACAGCUUCAUCAGCAACAGGUGCAGCAAGGUUCCGGUGCUCCUCCUACAUCCGGUCUUCAAGGAGUCGGAGUCUCAGUCGGACAACAGGGAAUGUUCAUGGCGCAAGGUGGUGUAGGCGUAGCUGGGGCGAGAGCUGGAUUUCCCGUUGGAGGUGUGGGAAGUAGCGCUCUUCAAGGCCCGUUAGCCUUCCUGGAGAAGACAACGAGCAACAUAGGAAUGCCAGAAAGGCGGAGUUGACGCGGAAGGGGGAGGGGCCGGGGUCGGGGUCGAGGAAGAGGCCGAGGAAAAGGACGAAGCGCAGGAGGAAGUCUGCCUCCGCCACCACCACUCCUCGAUACUUCAGACCCGUCGUCGUAUGCUGCUGCUGCCGCAGUCGCAGCUGCUGCGGCAGCGCCCCUUCCCUCUCCACAGCAGCAGCCUCCACCGUCGUGUACAUGAACAUCUUUACAGUGAUUAAUUUAUGUUGUGAAACACACCGUUUGUGACCGUAGACUCUGCCCCUAGAAACAAUGUAGUUCAUUUUUAUUUAUAUGCUAGGGAGUUCGAAUGAAGGCAUCGAGAAAAUGAAAACUCCACUUGGUUCAGAGAUGU